AGGAGGAGGAGGAGAGGGAGAGGGAACGAGAAAGGGAAGAUCGAGAGAGGGAAAGGGACAGGGAGCGGGAAAGAGAAAGGGAGAGGGCCAGGGAGAAGCGGCGGGAGUUGGAGAGAGAUGAGGACAGAGACCAUGACCAUGACCGGAAGCGGCGGCGAAGGGAGGAUUCCCGAGAACGGGAGCGGGAGCGGAGCAGCCGAUCUGACAGGCACAGGGACAGGGAAGGCAGUGAAGAUGGCAGGAGGAAUAGGGCUGAUGAGGAGGUUGAGAACAAGGACAAGAGAACCCGUGAAGAAGAUCUUGAAGAGGAGCAGCGGAAGCUGGACGAAGAGAUGGAAAAGCGGCGCCGUAGGGUUCAGGAGUGGCAGGAGCUUAGAAGGAAGAAAGAGGAACAGGAAAGAGAAAAACUGGGUGGGGCCAAUGCUGAGGAACAACCCAAGUCUGGUAAAAAUUGGACCUUGGAGGGUGAAUCUGAUGAUGAAGAAGCAGUCCCUGCAAAGACUGAUAAGGAUAUGGCCAUCGAUGAAGAUUCAAAGCUGAAAGAUGGGGACGGUGAUGCCAUGCCAGUAGACUCGAUUAAUGGUGUUGCCAUGCCUGAUGGUGCUGAGGGUUCUAAUGAUGGUGAGGAGGAAAUUGACCCACUUGAUGCUUUCAUGAACUCAAUGGUAUUGCCUGAAGUUGAGAAGCUGCAGAAUGCCAAGAUUGCUGUCAAGACUGAUGAUAAGAAAGCUGGCUCAGAAAAGGCCUCCAAAGAAAUCAUUGUCGGUAAUGGUGAUCAAUCCAGAAAGGGUGCAAAGAACAGUGUGGGAAGGAUAAUUCCUGGUGAAGAUUCUGACUCUGAUUAUGAGGAUCUUGAGAAUGAUGAAGUUGCACUUGAAGAUGAAGAUGAUGAAGAAUUCAUGAAAAGGGUGAAGAAAACCAAGGCUGAGAAGUUAUCAAUUGUCGAUCACUCAAAGAUUCAGUAUCUGCCAUUCAGGAAAAAUUUCUAUAUCGAAGCAAAAGAAAUCUCAAGGAUGACAGCUGAGGAAGUUGCAGCCUAUAGAAAACAGCUUGAAUUGAAGAUGCAUGGGAAGGAUGUGCCAAAGCCUAUCAAAACAUGGAGUCAGACUGGAUUAUCAAGCAAAAUUCUGGAUACAAUCAAGAAGCUUAAUUUUGAAAAACCGAUGCCCAUUCAAGUCCAGGCGCUCCCUAUCAUCAUGAGCGGGCGAGAUUGCAUAGGAAUUGCUAAAACUGGUUCAGGUAAAACACUCGCUUUUGUUUUGCCCAUGCUGAGACAUAUUAAAGACCAGCCUCCAGUGGUGCCUGGGGAUGGUCCUGUUGGGCUUAUUAUGGCUCCUACGAGGGAGCUUGUUCAACAGAUUCACACUGAUAUUAAGAAGUUCACUAAGGUUCUAGGCAUUAACUGUGUGCCAGUGUAUGGAGGCUCAGGUGUUGCUCAGCAGAUUAGUGAUCUAAAGCGAGGUGCUGAAAUUGUUGUCUGCACUCCUGGUAGGAUGAUAGAUAUACUCUGUACGAGUAGUGGAAAAAUUACUAACCUCCGCAGGGUCACUUACUUGGUGAUGGACGAGGCUGAUAGGAUGUUUGACAUGGGCUUUGAACCUCAGAUUACCAGGAUUGUUCAAAAUACACGGCCUGACCGUCAGACAGUUUUAUUUUCUGCUACAUUUCCUCGGCAGGUGGAGAUAUUGGCACGCAAGGUGUUGAACAAGCCUGUCGAGAUCCAGGUUGGGGGAAGGAGUGUCGUGAACAAGGAUAUAACUCAAUUGGUCGAGGUUAGACCUGAAAGCGACAGGUUUUUGAGGCUAUUGGAGAUUUUGGGAGAGUGGUAUGAGAAGGGGAAGAUCCUUAUUUUUGUUCAUACGCAAGACAAAUGUGAUGCUCUACUGAGGGAUUUAUUCAAGCAUGGUUAUCCUUGCCUCUCGCUUCACGGGGCCAAGGAUCAGACUGACCGUGAGUCUACUAUCUCUGAUUUUAAGAGCAAUGUCUGUAACCUGCUGGUAGCUACAAGUGUUGCUGCCAGAGGUUUAGAUGUGAAGGAGCUUGAGCUGGUUGUGAACUUUGAUGUCCCAAACCACUACGAAGAUUAUGUUCACCGUGUUGGCCGGACAGGUCGGGCAGGCAGAAAGGGUUGUGCCAUCACAUUCAUUACCGAGGAAGAUGCACGUUAUGCACCAGAUCUUGUAAAAGCCUUGGAACUUUCUGAACAAGCUGUUCCUGCAGAUCUAAAGGCACUGGCUGAUUCAUUCAUGACAAAGGUGCGCCAGGGAACAGAACAUGCCCAUGGCACUGGCUAUGGUGGAAGUGGUUUCAAGUUUAAUGAAGAGGAAGAUGAAGCAAGGAAGGCUGCUAAAAAAGCUCAGGCAAGAGAAUAUGGAUUUGAGGAAGAUAAAUCAGAUUCAGACUCUGAAGAUGAGGGAAUUCGGAAGGCAGGAGCUGAUCUUUCACAGGCUUUUGCUAAUGCCCAAGCUGCUGCAUUAGCUGCUGCUUCAAAGGUACCUAUUACUUCGAUGCCUGCUCCAGUUUCUGCGGCUCAAUUACUCUCUACUGCUGGUCUGCCUGCUGUCACUCUUCCUGGAAUGCCUGGUCUACCUAUCUCUGCAACUCUACCUGUAACUGCUUCACACACUGAGGCUGCUGCUAGGGCAGCUGCGCUGGCUGCUGCCAUGAAUCUACAGCACAAUUUGGCAAAGAUACAAGCUGAUGCCAUGCCUGAACACUAUGAAGCAGAAUUGGAGAUCAAUGAUUUCCCACAAAAUGCUCGCUGGAAGAUCACCCAUAAAGAGACCUUAGGUCCAAUCUCAGAAUGGACUGGAGCUGCUAUUACUACCAGGGGCCAGUACUAUCCUCCAGGUAAGAUUCCUGGUCCGGGAGAACGCAAACUUUACCUGUUUAUUGAAGGCCCCACUGAGUCUUCUGUGAAGAAGGCUAAAGCUGAAGUGAAACGGGUACUGGAGGAUUACACGGCUCAGGCUCUUUCUCUUCCUGGUGCUGCCCAACAAGGCAAGUACUCUGUUCUUUAGGAAUCAUGAUCACUCCUCACAGUUACAACAUGAGAAUGAAAUAUUAUAGAUGGAACUUUGUGGAUUUCUUCGUGAGAUAGAUACAGGAUGAAUCUGUUGUGCGGGCACUUUCAUAUUAAGAUGCAAAUGAUGCCUGUCAAUUCAUUUUUAGUUGUUCUGUAUUGAAAUGCUUUGAAAUUUCUGUUAAACUAUUUUUUUUCCUUUCUGAAUCUGCUUUAAACCUUUUGUUUUCUUAUUUAUAUCUUCGAUUACUUGGACUUUUAGUUAAUCACCUCCUAUCUGUGAAUGCAGCACAAUUAAUUGUAUAUGUGCUAUCUAUAUGUUUCUUGGGUUAGUUGUUUCAUGUGCCUCCGAAUGCCUCUUCUGAAUUUUGUUGCUGAAAGUUUUACAAUACAUGACCACCAAACAUGUUUAGUGUCAUCAAACUGUGCAAAUUGGAAAAAUAGAAGUCUCCAUGUAUUCUUUCAUAGCUUGUUAAUUUCUUCCCAAUGGAAGCUGAAUCAAUCAGUCCAAUUUAUUUAAUUGAUUGGUUAUCAAGUUGUAAGGGACCAAUUAAUAAUGAAGGAAAAUUAGAUGCCAAGUCUUCUGCUUAAAUAUUUUGCCGUAAUUAGGCUUUGUUUAUUGUCUACAGGCCAUUGAUCACCUGAUUGGUGUAUCUUCUGUUAUCCUGAGUUUAUGCGAUCAGGUGGCCUAGAAAGAAAAGAACCUUUAUCGACUAAUUAUUUUGUUUAGCUCUGGUACUGAGCUGGUCCGAUUGGUCUAGGGUCAAUGGUAGCAUAUAGUUUUAUAGAUGUUCUUUCAUCAUGUUAGCAUCUACUUUGGUUUCAGUAGUUGGGUAAAGGGACACUUGCACUUCUUUUGGAUUAGGGGUGGCAAUCGGGUCGGGUCGGACCAGAUACAGAUCUAGUAGGAUGCUGGAUAGGUCGAAAAUUGGUCAACCCAGACCCGACCUUUUUAUCAAGCGGGUCAAAAAAUCCAAACCUGGACCUGAUCUUUUUAUUGAACUGGUAAGCUAACAUGAUCUAUGAUGGGGUGAAUCAGGUUAAACGGAUUAAACAUUGCCACCCUAUUUAGAUACUUAACGUAUCAAUACGUCUUUCCAGACCAAUGUGUUGAAUUAGAAUCGUUCCAGUGGCAAACAAAUGGACAUGUUCCCAUGUUAUUUACCUGUCCAAGAUCUCUCAGAAAUGGAAAUAAUUGUUUAUAUGGUAACUAAGAUAGGAUGUGCGUCCAAGUUCUGCAGAUAAUUUUUUUGUGACAAUGACAGGGUUUAGAAUCUCAUUUUCAGAUGAGAUUUAUCAUCAAAUCUGAUAGGGGGAUGAAAAUAAGGAAUAGAAGAGUUUGACCUCAGUAGGAGAGUUGAGGAUUUGGUGGUCGUGGGAGUGCUAAUGUUAAGUCUACUAUUAGGGAACUAAAAUUUUAUUCACUUAUUUCAGUAUCUUAUUUAAAAACUAGUUAUCAGUUAUUGAUAAUAAGAGUAAACUGAUUACCAUGAAUUUCGAUAAUUUUUGUCAGCUGAUUAUCUAAUUUUAGGGUGUCAAGUAAGUCACUCGAUGAAAGGCAUCAGGACUGGGUAUGAUGGCUGAAUAUAAAGCAAAUGAUGGCUCCCUAUUAUUAAAAAUGUUGAAUCAAUGAUACACGUGCUUCUCAAAAUGCCCAAUUCCACACCCUGGCAUGUGGGUGCUAACCAAUAUGGUAACCACUUGUCAAUUAGAGGGUAUUGGUCAUUAAGUUUUCCCUUACAUUUUUUUGUUAAUUUAUAUGAAAUUUUUUUCUAUAUUAUUCGUUUUUCAUAAUCACUUAUCAUGGAAGCUCCCCAUAUCUCUCUUAAUAUUUAUAAUGCACAAUUAAGAAUCUGUCUGGAUGACUCUGCCUAACUCAUUAAGUCUAAUUUGAUCUGUCAUUUUACCUAAUUAUGUACCUUACAUGUCUUUCCUUUUCAAUUAGCAUACCCCAUUUCAAGCUUUGAAAGUCAUGAAACUGUACUUAAGCUCUUCAAUUUCUUCGCUUGCCAUGGCCUGACACCUGUAGUUGCUUUUCUGUUUUUUGUUUAGUGUGUAGUUUCUUCUAUUAGAUUAAGUUACUAUUUUCACAUAAUUAAUUUAUGCUUUUUUUAAAAAAGUAUUUUCAUCACUUACCAUGGGAUUUUCAGAUUUUGAUGAUACAACGGUGGUUAACUUUGCUCUGCAGUGGCCAUGCAGUUAAAUUAUCAUUUCCUUUUUUCAUGAUUAUUUCAGACGUCAACACCAAAAGUAACUCAAAACAAUUUUAUCUAUAUAAUCGAAACACUGUUCUAGAAAGCAUUUGACCGUGUGGAGAGGCUGCUUUCUUCGAGUUUUCAAUCAGUUCCAUGAUAUGGAUGAUCCUUUUAUUCAAAUUUGCUUUCCCUGCAUAUGGCAUGGUGCUACAUGGUGGGAUGUAGUUCAAGAUUGCUUGCAGUUAUGCAUAGAAAUGUCAGUGGGUGGGGCUGGCUUGAUUUGCUAAAGGCCCAACCCAAGAAAUCAAGUGCUUGAUCUCAAAAACUAGGACACUUGGUUCGGUGGGCUACAAAGUCCAAAGUGAAUUGCUCAUUAAUUGCUUUGCAUGAUAUCCUACUAUUUGCUUCUAUAUCAAGAAAACUAUACAUGGUUGCAUUCGGUAUGGGAAACGUUUGAAAUUUGAAUUGCUCCAAACUUCGUAGCAUCAAACCAGAUUAGGAACCUGAGAGAUAAUUUACCACCAAAUUUGUUGCAUUAUAUGCAUUCUGUUCUCAAUAGAGGAAGUUCUCCAGUUAUUUUAAAUGCAAUUUUUUUUUUUGCGUGUGUGUGUGUGUGUAUGCGCGCGUGUUUAUGUGUGUGUGUAUUUAGAGAUAUUUCAUUUAAGAACAGAAAAAAAGAGUUAGCCUUAUGUCUUAUGACUUUAAAUCCAUAAAAUUGAAUGGUUUCCCUUGUUCCUAUUUUUCUUUAUGGUAUUCCAAAGUGUUUGAUCUUCAAGGAUUCAUGAGAUUCUCUUAUGAUCUUGACCAAUUCCUUGGAGUCCUACACAAGUCAUCAACAAUCAGUUUCGGGAUGAGAAGCAGUCCACUUUUCCAAUUCCUGCAAUAUACAUGGUUGCCUAUCAAGAAAAUGAGGAACAUACUUGUGUCAAUGGAAAAUGAAUGACGUCCCUGUCAUUUAGCAUCUAGGAACCUUGGAAUUUCUAAGGCAGAUAAGUACCAUAACUGUGAGGUUUUGGAAGAUUGGAAGAUGUUCUUAAUAUCACCCCUCUAGCUUGUGUAUGUCUUCAUGCAUUCCAAUUGCUCUUAGAUAUCAACUAGUAUUGAAUAAUGAGCUUUGGAAAUUUCGUAAAUGAAUGGUCUUCAGAGAUCAGCAAGGACUGAAGACUCGUCAUGCAGAUUUAGGGAUUACUAAUCCUUGGUUGAACUCUAGUUUUGUUGUUGCUGCUUCAUUAGACAUUUUGCUUGUUUAGAAGGAUUAUGUAAGGCAAUCACUUUAGGGUCUCUGUCUAUGCAGGCCAACUGAACUCCUAGGUUUGUGCCUGACUUCCCUCAUUCUGACUAUUGCGUGCUAGUAAAACAUGCGAAAUAUAUAUCUAAUUAUGCCCGUUUGUCACAUCAGAUCUUCAUCUCAAAGAGAGAAUUUGUCUGGGAAUAUGAUGAGACAAAAUUGUUAUAUCCAACUCUGUUAAACUGAUUUGGCUGAUGACAGGGAGAUGGUAGAAUAUGCUUUAUCUUUAAAUUAUUAAAAUGGUUACUAUAUUGUGCUUCUACUAUGAUGCUUGGUCUGGGCAGCUGUCUGCAUUCUUGAGCAGUCUUAGAUUUGGAUGGGUCUUCUCCCCUUUGUAUUUUUUUUCUUUUUCUUUUGGCAUGAGGGAGUGGCUUGUGCACGGUCCUGCAAUUUCUCUGCAAGAUGGUGGUGGUCAUCAAGGACAGCAAACAUGGAAAUUUCUUAAGUUCAUGUUUGGUUUAGUUCCCGUUUCUUUUGCAGUUACACCAGUUUUUCUAGCUUUUGCUAUUUUGCUCAUGGUGUAUCCAUUCUAUUUCUAUUACACUUCCGGUCAAGAAGCUUGGAUGGUGAUGUGAGAAAUAUUUGAUCAUGGUGAGAAACGAGCUUUAUUAUUGUAUGACUAAGAAUGAACAGGUCCUUGGGUUGAACUAUGAACAUCAUUGUGAAAAUAUCUUUUCGGUUCCUCAUUUGUGUUUCAACAAA